AUGUCCAUCCCCAAAAUAAGAAUCACAAACACGACACUGACAGAUGAUGAUGAUGACAGCUUAGAUAAUAGUGACUAUAUGGAACAAGAAGAGAGCACUGAUGCUAGUGAGGAAGAGGUAGAGGUAGAGGAAGAGGAAGGGGUUCCAACAAAGGUAGCACAACAUACAGGGGCAGAGUUAACCUCCAACAAAAUCAAAGAUCUGAAAGGAUCCAAAAGAGCAAUUCCUUACAAAAUUUUGAUCAUGUUUAAGUCCUUAUACUGGAAUAUUAGGAGCAUCAAGACUAAUGGUGCUCUAGAGAGACUUAAACAACUUAUCAAAGCUGAAAAACUUCCUAUUAUUGCCCUUGCUGAACCUUUUCAUAAAGACAAUAAGUUGGACAAAUACAAAAGGAUCCUUGGCUACCAUUAUGCCCAUUCCAAUUACAAUAGUCAGAUAUGGAUUUUUUGGGAUUCUAACACUGACUGCACCAUCAGUGAUGAGGAUGAUCAACAAGUUACUUGUACAAUUACCAUUAAUGGCACUCCCUUUUUGAUUACAUAUAUUUAUGCCAAAUGUGAUGCUCAACUUAGAGUUGACCUUCGGAAUAAACUCAGAAGUAUUAGUGAUAACUACAACUUACCAUGGCUAAUCACUGGAGACUUUAAUUGCAUUAUUGAUCCAGUUGAAAAGAAAGGUUGUUCUCUCCACAGGAUGUCUAAAUGUAUGGAAUUCAUUCAGUGUAUCAUGGAUUGUGAACUUCUUGAUGCAUGCUAUACUGGUUCUCCUUUUACUUGGUGUAAUGGUUGGUUAUCUGACAGGAGAGUUUGGCAAAGGCUUGAUAGAGCUCUUACUAAUUAUCUUUGGGUGAACACUUUUGAUACUACUAAUGUUUAUCAUUUGAUCAAGACUGGCUAUGAUCACUCCCCUUUACUCAUUAUUGCUAACUCUUCACAUAGAAAUCCCAUCAAAUGUUUUAAGUUCCUCGACUUCUGGAUUGAGGAGCCUAAUUUCUUGAAUAUUGUUGAGCAAGCUUGGAGUAUAGAUGUGGAUGGCUCUCCACUAUGGAAAUUUCAUCUCAAACUCAAAAACACCUCCAAAAUGCUUUCUGCCUGGUCUAGGAAUACUAUUGGUAAUAUCUUCACCAAUAUAAAAGUCCUCGAAGAAAAAGUUACUGAUCUGGAAAAUCUCUCUAUUAGAGACAACUCUGAGAUUAACAGGACAACCUUUCAUCAAGCCAAUGUUGAAUUAAUCAGGGCUUACAAAAAAGAAGAAUCCUACUGGAAACAAAAGUUUGGUAUUAAAUGGUUUGUGGAAGGAGAAGUUAACUCUAAGUUCUUCCAUUCUAUUGAGAAAGGGAGGAAAAUGAGGCUUAAUCUUACUAGUAUCCAAGAUGAUCAUGGCAACUGGAUCAGUGGUGAUGAUAAUAUUGCUCAGCAAGCUAUGCAAUUCUUUGAGAAUCAAUUCACUAAGGAAGAUACUUUGAUGGAUGACAAUGUCAUGAACCAUAUACCAAAGAUCAUUAGUGAGGAGGAAAACACCAUGUUACUAGAUCCACCUUCCAUGGAUGAAUUGAAAGAUCAUUUUCUCUAUGAGCACUCAUAG